UUGAAAACAAUCUACUUCAAAUAGAUGUUUAUUGUAGUAACUAGGAACUCGUCUGAAAAAUGUAAUGCCUGGAAUAGUUUUUGACCGAAAAACUAAUAUGUAACAGCGAUCGAGGGCGUAAGGGGUGAUGCGGACAACUGAAAGUAACUAAUCUUAGUGUUGUUUUUUACACACGAUAUGUUAUUUAGUUUUAUAUCUUGACGAAAAAAAUCAUUACAGCGAACAAGUAAAGCUUUUUCUUUAUUUACUGAAAAAAUUGCGAGUUUCUUUUAAAACUUUAAUGUCUGUCAGUAGGUAUGUCUAAACCAACUCACAAUAGUGGCAACGUCGCAUCCAAAAAGGCGUUUUUCACUGAAUUAUUACAGAAACAAUUUUUCACAAGAAUUGUCAUUAUCUCUAAAACAAGACCGAUUUCAGAAAACAUUGUAGGAAAUUUUAGUUUCAAAGUGCAGUCAAGAAUGCACCUUUAAAAUCUGUCGGGUUACUCGAGCACAUGGUGUAUAUUCGGUGAUAAAAUCUUAUAUUAACAUUUCUAGUAAAUAGUAAGUCCUUUAUACCAGUGCAAGGCUUUUUUUCAUACCAGAACUCAUAAAAAUAUAAUAUUAUUAAAUACAAUUGAACAUAUUAACGAGGUACCAAAGAAAAUUCUAGGCAAGUGAAUUUAUUUACUAAAAAGAUAAACCUAAUUUUAUAAUUAUUCCUUAAUCAUUAAUUACCCCAAACCCAUCUCGUCUCGUCGUUUUCAACUUAAAGUACGUGAGUGACCCGUUGCAACAUAUUUAAUAUACCCAAAACAUCUUUAAAAAUUAAUAUCACGAAUAACGAAGCAGUUUUAAAACCCAACGGCAUAACACUCAAACGAUAAAGCCCAUACUUAACGGUAAAAGUUCUAAGCUCACAAAACUAAUAAAAGCUAAGCCAACCCCGACCAAUGGCAGGCCGGGGGUGGCGCCCGUUAUACCGAGCCUCCCUCAGUUAUACCGUAACCGCCGUACCGCGUUGUUGUAAUGGCAAAAACGGGCGUAAUGGCUUAAUCAUAAUUUUAAUCACUCGCAUAUUGACGGUAACUGAAUUUUAUAUUGGAAAUUUGGAAUUUUGAGGACAGUUUUCGGCGAAGGCUUAAAUUAUUCGACUAUAAUAGUGAUAUGUGAAGAAAUGGAAUACGAUAUUGAUUAAGAUAUUAAGCGUAUUUUUAUGUUUGUGCAGUGACAUUCGAUUGACUAGAAAAAUAACUAACUAGGUAGUUAGGUAGUUAUAAAUGUGUGUAAUAUACCUUUGAAACACAAGUGUCUUGAAAAUAAUCUUUGAAAUCUAUAAGGAACGGAAUAAAUACGUUGUUUUAAUAGGGAUAGUUUCUGAUAUCUGAUCAAAGAAAACUUUGUUGCUACCUACGUCUUAUCAGUAAUAUUUGUAAAUUUGGUAGCUAUAAAACAGUGCGGAAAAUCAAUUUAAAAACAAACUCUAAAACACCCCAAUCAAAAAAACCGAAUCAUGUAAAUUAACCUCAAAAGUAAAACUCAAAAAUGGACACACGUAGCGACAGCCCCACUGACUCCAACCGGCAAGAGACGGCCAAGACCUCAUUCCUAAUCGAAGAUAUCUUGUACAGAGGCCAAAUAAAGCCUCAAGAAAGAAGGUUUGAAUAUGAAAGAGAGCCUAAGCCGUAUUUCCCAGUGCCGAGUGAAAUACGGCCCGUGGCGAGAGAAGGCUCGUAUCUGCAGGUCAUGGGUGCUUUAGGGGCGUAUCUACACGCGCCUAAUACGUAUAAGACUGUGGAGGCUCCUUAUUUUUUAUCGCAAGGGGUGCCAUACCACGCUUUAUUCACUCCGUCCGAGCUCUCGCUGUCAGCCCUGAAACACUGCCGACGGCGGAAGGCGCGGACGGUCUUCUCUGACCCACAACUCACAGGUCUCGAGAAGCGCUUCGAAACGCAACGCUACCUGUCAACUCCAGAACGCGUGGAGCUGGCCGGGGCCCUCAACCUCUCCGAGACACAGGUUAAGACCUGGUUUCAGAACCGGCGCAUGAAGCAUAAGAAACAAAUGAGAAAACAACAACAACGAGGCAAUGCAGCAGUGGACUUUACGAAACACACACCACAGCAGGCAGAAUGUAGAAAGCCGGAUGACACCCGAUUAACACACACGUCGGACUCCGAGAGCGAGCACAGCGAUAGCGACAUUGACAUCGUUGGUGAAACCAACUACACGCGCUACAACACGUAAAUAUGUCUGUCUGUCAGACGUGACUGACACACGUCGGAGUCCGAGAACGAAAGAAGAGACGAGAAGUACUCAGUACUCAGGAAAACGGAACCUUGAGCCAUCUGGAUACUUGAUUCAAUUGGCACAUCAGUCAGGCAUUUAUUGAAUAAAUCUAAACAUAGAUUUGUUAUACGCCCUGACAAGAUUUUAUUUGGUCUUCGCCGAGUUGCGAGUUUCAGUGGUACUAACUUAUUUUACUGGCAAGGAAAUUUUGACAUCAGGGGGCCUACCGCGAACACCGAAAUUGGUAAAUUGCAGGAAUCUUUCUCUUUUACUCUCAGUAAAACGUAAAUUCACGUAAUUUGAAUGACGGAGAAAAAUGCCCGCAAUUGACGAACUUCGAUUUUCACGGUUAUAGCCCAGAUGUUGGAAUUUUGAAUACAUCGAAUGUCACCGAUGAAAACAAGAAUUCAAAAUUUCCCAAAGGUGCAAGAAAAAAUAUUUUAAAUAGAAUAAAUCAUUUACAUCAAUAAAAUACGACGGAUUACGUAACAUUCCAUUAAAAUAAUGUUUUGGAAUUAGUCCUUUACGCAUAUUCUUGCAAUAUGUAAGCUGCUUGUCGCAUCACUAUUUCAGGGCCAAAUAGAAAUUUGUCAGGCUGGCACACAUGUUGAUAUUUCCUUGUCUUAAGAAUUAUUAAAUACAGACUUUUUGUAGAAAUUUGUAUAGUUUACAGAUGUGUGGGUAAUAAUACCUAAUAGAGUCGUGGAGUGCAAUAAGAUUAUGUAAAUAAAACAUGUGAUUUUGUGUGCUAGCUGUACUGAAGCUAUAUUAGCUGUAGCUGUAUUUAAGAUAACUUGUUGUUUUUUAGACGUCUUAGUGCUUCUUUAGACUGUAAUCUAAUAGAAUUUUUUUCAGUAAUUCAAUGAAUUGCGAGGGUUUUAAGGCAGGGAACCAGAAAUGUUUUAUUUGCGAUUACAUUUAAAGUUGUUAUGUACUCGUACCUUUACAAAUCUAUGCGCACUUUCGUUUCGGUGAAUAUGUUAAAUUAUUUUGUCGGACUAUAAAGAUGAUUUUUACGUCCAAGAAAAGAUUUUUCAAAGUGAGGUGUAAAAUUUUCUGUAUCUAUAUUUUUUGUUUGUACAUGUAGCUGUAACAAACAACACCUUAUUCAAUUAAUUACAAUAAAAAUAACCCUUAUAUUUUCUUUAUCGGUGUGCCCCUAUGCCAUUUUGCCAGCCGACUAUAAGCCAAAUAAAUAAUAAUGUAAAUAAGUAGUCUACUGUGAGCUCAAUAAUAGGUUAAGAUUAAUGUUACCAUAAAUAUUUUUAAGAACUUCUAGUAUAGGAUACCUCUAGAAAAAGGUACCCAGUUAACGUUUGCAAUAUAGUCACUCAAUAUUUAAUUACUUAUAAUGAGAGUGUAUAUUUAUUAGUUUAUUUAAUUUACCGCAAAAAACAUUAUUAAGCAAAGUUAAAAAUUACUUAAAGAAACUUUUUCCAACUUGAGGGAACCUCUUCAAGUUAAUUGAAAGAAGUUUCUUUGUAAUAAUAAACAACUUUAUGGGUUAUUUCGAUUAGUUAUAAAAAAAAUGUAUUUAGACUGAAUAGUCUAUACCAGUGGUGGGCAAACUACGGCCCGCGGGCCAGCUCCGGCCCGCGAAAGGCUUUUAUCCGGCCCGCCGACGGUCCUAUGAAAUAAUUAUUAGUAUACUCGUAUGGCAUUGGCCCACGAUAAUCACAAAUCAUAAUACAGUUUUGCUGCAAUUCUGGCCCUUCUCUUAAAUUUCUUAAACUUUCUGGCCCCCCAUGAAAAAAGUUUGCCCACCACAGGUCUAUACAAAACAAUAAAUAUAAUACAAAUAAAAUACCAAUUAAUAGCCAAAUGUAAAUUAUUUAACGUCUGCACUUUGAUGGUGCAAAGUUGCAAUACAUGGGCAAACUUGUCCUAACUUAAUCGUAUAUUAUUAUGUACUGUUUUAGAAUUAUACUUGGAGACAGUCAGUAGUAUAA